GAGAUCAACAGUAGUUGUCUUGAAUACAACUCGGCCAGCGUUUGUGUAACGUUCAGAGCUGGGACCGUAGCUGGGACACUGGAGGUGUUUCUGUGGUGCAUCUUGAUAAACAUCUGAGUUCGAGCAGGAGACCGACUCAAGAACAAACAUCAAUGCAAUGCUGCUUCUCAGACGCUGCCUCAGUCUGGCUCGAUUUAGCCCUCUCAACAGUCAGAGGCAUCAGGUGUCCCCUACUGUAGCUUUAUGUGCAGUGCGUCUCUGCAGCAGCAGCGGUGGUGGUGGUGGUGGUGGUGAGGACCAGAGAUCUUACCAGCACACCCACAGGCCCAGGUGGAGACAUGCUCUGGCGGGGCUGCUGGCUGGAUCAGGGGCUGUACUGGCCUACGGCCUACACAACCACAAGGCUGAGCAGGAAGACAUUAGUGUCCAGAACUUAAAGAAGCGCUCCGGCCUUCCCAUCUACAGCCAAGAGGAAGUUACAAAGCACCGCUCCCUGGAAAAUGGAGUGUGGGUCACUUAUAAAGGUGGCGUCUAUGACAUCACAGAGUUUGUGGCUAUGCACCCUGGGGGGGAAAAAAUCUUGCUGGCAGCAGGUGGCGCUCUUGAACCCUUUUGGGCCCUGUACGCUGUACACAACCAGGAGCAUGUGCUGGAAAUCCUCUCAGAAUAUAAGGUUGGUGAGCUGAGUGUGGAAGACCAGAAGAAGCAGCAGGCCAUUAAAUCUUCUGACCCCUAUGCUUCUGACCCUGAGCGCCACCCUGUCCUGCACGUUAACAGCCUGAAGCCCUUCAAUGCUGAGCCACCUCCUGAGAUCCUCACCGACAGCUACGUCACGCCCUCCGCUUUCUUCUUCAAAAGAAACCACCUGCCAGUUCCUCAUGUGGACCCAGCUACAUAUCAGCUGCGAGUGGAGGGACUACCUGGAGGAGUACUGACGCUGUCUUUGGAAGACUUGAAGACUCGAUUCCCCAAGCACACCAUCACUGCUACACUGCAGUGUGCAGGUAACCGGCGCAGCGAGAUGAACAAGGUGAAGCAGGUGAAGGGACUCAACUGGGGCAUAGCUGCCAUCAGUAAUGCCACAUGGAGCGGCGCCAGGCUCAGGGAUGUGCUGCUAGCUGCUGGUUACAGGCCAGAUGUGGCCCAGUGGGCUCACCAUGUACAGUUUGAAGGACUGGAUAAAGAUGUGACUGGAACCACCUAUGGUGCUUCCAUCCCUAUAAACAAGGCGAUAAGUGAGGAAGGUGAUGUGCUGCUGGCUUAUGAAAUGAACGGCGAGGAUAUUCCCCUGGACCACGGCUUCCCUGUGCGGGCUGUAGUACCAGGCGUAGUGGGCGCUCGCAACGUCAAAUGGCUGGGUAAGAUUGUAGUUAGUGCAGAGGAGAGCAGCAGCCACUGGCAGCAGAACGACUACAAAGGAUUCUCCCCCGGGACAGACUGGGACACGGUGGACUUCAAAUCCGCUCCAGCCAUUCAAGAGCUGCCCAUUCAGUCUGCUAUCACCACACCGGCAGACGGCGCCACAAUCGAUCGCAGUGUAGAAACGGUGACUGUGAAGGGCUACGCGUGGAGCGGUGGGGGUAGAGAGGUGGUACGCGUGGAUGUUUCUCUGGACGGAGGAAAGACGUGGCAGGUGGCCCAGCUGAGGGGCAGCGAGGAGGGUCAGGGUCCCGAGUCUUCUCCUCCGCCAGGACGAGCCUGGGCCUGGAAGCUGUGGGAGAUAACGGCUCCUUUUCCUCAUGAAGCUGAAGAGCUGGAGAUAGUUUGCAAGGCCGUUGACAGCAGUUACAACGCACAGCCGGACACAGUUUCCCCCAUCUGGAACCUGAGGGGCGUGCUGAGCAACGCCUGGCACCGAGUCAAGGUGAAGGUUAGAGAGGACGAGAGGGAAGCAUAGACACAGAAUUCAAAACGUUUACUCCUGCAACAGAAUCACCAUAGAGUAGACUGUUUUAAAUCUAUCUCUUGAACUAAAAGGAAACUGGAAAGAAUAUCAUGAAGUAUUUUUGGAACUCAGCCUUGAAGUACAGUAUUUAUGCAGCCAUGUUGCUUGUGAGAUUUUUAAAAGAUUGCAGUGGUACGUAUUUACAGUAUGAGGAAGCUAUUAGCCAAACAAAAACAUGUCUGCUUGUGUCUAUCGAUCACACUCUGAAAACAUGACUUAAUUAAUUCUGAGUCUUUGGGGUUUAUGCAAAACAUUUAUUUUUAUAGUCAGCAUUCUUACUGCUGAGGAUAAACUCACAAUGUUGAGUUCAUUUUCUGAUUAACAACCUAAAAGAUUUAAAAGUUUAAUUUUAAUAGAAGUGUAGAAGUUUUAUGUUUAGUUUUAUUAUUUUAAAUCAAGGGUAGUGAAAUUAUAAAUGUUCACUUUAUGUAGAACAUCUGGAUACUGACACUCAGAACAACCUGGAAUAUUUAAAGCUUAUUUGUAACUUCAACCAGCUCUAGCUGUCAGUGUCUGAGAUCAUCCAUACUUGAAUUCAGUCAGCACAUAAGAGGUGAAUCAUGGGGAACUGUCCUCCUCUCUUUCAGACACCAUGUUAAGCACCAACUCCACCUAGUAAGCAGCUAAAAUCCAGCUGUGUUUAUGCUCCACACUACAGCGCAUGACAGAAGUCUGAGGUCUGACCUGAAGUGAGCCAGGUGUCUCUGUGUUCAUACCAAGUAAGGAGAGGCCAAACAAAAUAAUAACUAAAAAAAAAAAAUGGGAUUCAGGGAAAGUAAAGUAACCUUUACUUUCAUGGAGAGAGAAGAGUAGUAAACAUUGUGCAGUGGAGGGUUUUGAAAUGCCAAACUUAAAUAUUUACUGAACUAACUGCACAACUUUUCCCAAACGCAGCUCUGUUCGGUGUUACAGAAACAUGCUCAUCAUCAUCAUCAGCUCCUCUUAAAUAAUUCAAGACACAGUGCUGCAUUCCCAUCAUGCCAAGCAGCCUGGUGAUACACACAAUGAAUGUAAUGAAUUGUGCAAUUGUAUGUGUACACGUAUUUUUCUAUGUUUGUUGCCUCUGGCCCAGGUCGUCAUUGGAAAUGAGAACUUGUUCUCAUUUGACUAACCUGGAUAGACAAAUGUGAAGUGAAAUAAUUAAAUAAACAUGGACUACACAAUGUAUUUUGAGUACUAGGUUAUUGUUAAUGAUAAAUAAAGACCUCUAAUUUUAA